CGCAACCGCCCAGCCGCACGGUCUUCCACCUCCUCAGAGUCCGGAGAGACGUCGAAGAACCCAUGGAAGUGCCCGCACUGCCCAUUCAUCCAGCACUCGCGCCGCUCCCCGGACUACAAGCGGCACGUCGCCACCCAUGGACAACCCGAAACGCUUUGGACGUGUCGCGGGGUCCCUCUGCGCCAUGUGAACGAUCCGAAGUACACCCGGACCCCAGUGCCGAUGGAGGAGGUAUGGGCGGCGAGGGAGCGCGGGAAGGAAAUGGUGGGCGGGUGCGGGAGGACGUUCUCGCGCAAGGAUGCGUUUGCGCGGCACCUGAGGAACCCGCAUCUCUUUUGCGCGGGGAGGAGCCCAGUGGAGGACUGGCACCAGGUCGAUGGUUGA